AUGACAAAAAAAUAUUCACUUGAAUUCGGAAUUCGUUCGCAUGAUCGUUCGUCAUAUGACAAAUACGGUCGGUAUAGAAAUAAUGGUCCGCAACACGAACUUGAUGAAUUAGAAGCAUCGAAAACUCGACAGUGUUUAAAAAAGACAACCAAAUUUCUCUUCUCACACAUCGGUCUAGUGGGCUUAGUGGUGGUCUACGCCGUCGCCGGUGGAUUUCUCUUUCAACUACUAGAAGAACGUCAAGAAAAAUACAAUUGUCUCGAAGCUUAUGGUGAACAGGUUGUUCAAAUAACGAAACUUAAACAACAAAUCGUCAGUUACAUUCAACACAACACGACGGCAACAACAGGUUCGACAAGUGGAAAAGAUAAUGCUACAGUUGCGCUGGCGAAGAUUAACACGAUGUUGUACACAUAUCGAAACUUCGUGAUCUCGACAAGUACGAAAUAUCGUUACUAUGGCGAUGAUUGUUUAUCAACAAACAAAUGGACGUAUGCAAACUCCUUAUUGUUCGCCAUUACAAUCAUAACAACAAUUGGUUACGGAAAUAUAACACCGACGACGUGGGAGGGACAAUUGUGUUGUAUCUGCUACGCAACGAUAGGUAUUCCAAUCUUUCUCUUGUGUGUGGCAAAUAUUAGCGGUGUUCUCGGUGAGAUGUUUCGUUUUAUUUAUGGGAAGAUCAUUUGCGCUCCGUGCAAGUUAAUAAAACGACGAAGUGCUGCGACACGUAAAGCUAAAGCAGAAGAAGAAAACGCCGUAGUGAAAGGGCCAAUAAAUAACAUGGGUGACGAUGACGAUUUCGUUGAAGAUGAACAGCCAUCGAAUCAUCGUGUUGCUGUACCAUUAACUGUAACAAUGAUUAUCAUUGCUGCCUACAUUUGGAUCGGCUCCGCCUUGUUUCAUAAUUUCGAGGGAUGGACAAUGAUACAAUCUGGAUACUUUUGUUUUAUUACAUUAUCAACUAUUGGUUUUGGUGAUUUUGUUCCUGGUCAACAGAAUGAUGAUCCAAAUGCCGGUGCGAAACUUAUUCUUGGAGCUAUUUACGUCCUGUUCGGCAUGGCUAUUUUAGCCAUGUGUUUCGAUUUGAUGCAAGAAGAGAUUGUGGCCAAAUUCCGUUGGAUUGGGACAAAAGUUGGUAUCAUCGAGAAAGAAGACGAGAUGAAUAGCCAAAUAGAUCAUCUGUCAGAAACGAAAAACAGAAGAAAUUCGACCGUGUCUGUUGCAAAUAGUGAUCGUCAAACUGGAAUGAUGAGAAAACAUACAACAACUGAUGACAACGAUUUGCCACGAGAUCGUAGCUCGAGCUCGGCACGAAAAACAAGCCCGAGAAAUAAUAACGCUCGUGUUCACCCAUUGGACGACAAUGCUGCGAACGAGGGCACCCUUCAUCAACGUAUCGGUACUUCAAAAGCAAACUGA